ACGACAAAGCCAGUCAUCCGGGUCAGUUUCUGACAGUUGCCUGACUACCAGAUUGUAUAAGCCUCCAUUUUAUUGUUACCUGUUUGUUUUCAUUUGGAAAGUUGCAUAGAUUUGUUUAAUUGUAAUCAAUUUGCCGUCAGGCUGAAAAAAAGUAUAAAACAAAAAUGUCGCUUUUUGAAACAAGACCAGACAACAGCAAGAAAACAUUUGGAUAUGGAAAGAAGACACCUCCAACAGAAACAAAAGGAAAAAAUGCCUUCACAACAAUGGCAUAUAUGAAGAACGCAAAGCCAUCCUUAGAGCAAGUAGGUAAACCACAAGCAGCAGGAGCAUUCAAACCAAGACCUGCAGGUCCUACAGCUUUCAGAAAAUUUUAUGAAAGGGGUGACUUUCCAAUAGCCUUGGAACAUGAUACAAAAGGAAACAAAAUUGCCUGGAAGGUUGAGAUUGAAAAGUUAGAUUAUCACCAUUACCUGCCAUUAUUCUUUGAUGGUCUGUGUGAAACAACACAUCCAUACGAAUUCUUUGCCAGACAAGGGGUACAUGAUAUGCUGGAGCACGGAGGUUCAAAAAUACUGCCAGUCAUACCUCAGUUAAUCAUUCCAAUUAAAAAUGCUUUGAACAUGAGAAACAUCCAAGUGAUGUGCACCACACUGAAAGUAUUACAACAUUUGGUAAUAUCAGCAGACAUGGUUGGAGAAGCAUUAGUGCCUUAUUACAGACAAAUCCUGCCUAUUUUGAAUAUCUUUAAAAAUUAUAACCUUAACUCAGGAGAUGGCAUUGACUACAGUCAACAAAAAAGAGAAAACAUUGGAGAUUUAAUACAGGAAACAUUAGAAGCUUUCGAGAGACAUGGUGGUGAAGAUGCAUUUAUUAAUAUCAAAUACAUGGUUCCCACAUAUGAAAGCUGUAUGUUGAAUUAGACAAUCAUGUAAAAAAACAAUGGGGGGGAAUUUAUAAACGAUCAGGAUUUAUACAUUUCAGAAGUGUUCUUUUAACCAGAAUCAGUUUCCUGGGGAAAAAUUGUGACUUAGAAAGGAUAUUCAAUGGACUUAACACCGUGAAACCAAACCAGUUUUGAACCGAUAUCACUCAGCCAAAGUCCUGUUUCUGUAUAGUUAACACAUCUUCUCUUUAGCUGUUUAUUACAGUAUCAUUGAUGUCAUGUGACCUUUUCGUCCAAUCAUUUAGUGGAUGUCUUGUACCAAUAAAGCUGAUUGUGAUAUUAUGUUUAAACUUUUUUAUGUAUAUACAGACAUUGAUGUCUUAUAAAUAAAUUAUUUAUCUGUUACA